AAUCAAGUUUAGUUGAAUAAAAAUUACUCGGCAGAGUUGUGUUCUAUGAGAGUGUUCUCAAGAACCAAAUCCUUGAGUUAAUUGUGUGAGGAAUUCUAUUGCUAAUUCGAGAACCCUUGUCAAGCUUUUAUGUGAGGAUUCAAGAAUCGGUUAACAAGUUUUCUUAUCAAUCAAGUAAACACCUUGAUUGCGGCAAAAUUCUACCUAUCCAUCAUUUAUCGUUCAAGAGAUCGUUUGCUGCGUAGUUCUGAACAAAAGCACUCCCUGAUGCUUACCAAUUUGUCUCGACCAAAGGAUCGAUUGGACGUUCAAAACCCAACGACUUCUGCCAUGGGAUUGAUCUUCAAUGGAGAAGAAGCAACCCUGGAUGCUUCAAUAAGGUCUGCACUGCCAAACUGUGAGGUUAUUGAUGCAAACAACAUCGGUGUUCUAGACCUCUGUUUUCUUUCGAAAAACCAGAGUCUGGGUCCUGAAGCAGCCAACAUAUAGCUGGAGUCUAAGCUGAGGGCCGCUAAUGCAUCUAGAAAGUUGCUUGAAGGUCAAAGAGAGAUUCCCAACACAGCUGACACCUCAAAUCGGUCGGCAACAGCAAGACCCGGUUCGACUCCGAAAACGGGAAUCUCAUAAGAAAGAAUGAGCACGAAUCGAGCCAAACUAAUAUUGGGAAUCAGUUAUUGGGUGAUCAUGGAAGGUGUACCAUCGCAACAACCAGUUCAAAGCGGCCUGAAUUCGGAAUCCCUAAUUUCAAUUUGGAUGUUCUGUGCACACGAAAUUUGACUUCCGAUGACGGCAGGAAAAAUUCAGAUGAUGAUUUGUCGCGUCCCAGGAACCAUCAAGGCUUAGAAUUGAACGACAAGUUUGAUUCUCUGCUGGAGAAAGCUCCCUCAAACAUUGAAUUGAAUAAUGGAAGCUUGGAUUCUGAUUCUGGGCAAUGGCAGGUGUUCGCCGCGAAUUUAAGCGAUCCUAUAGAAAAAGCUCUUCAAAGCUUAGGGUUUGAGAAAUGAAGAAGAGAGGCGGUGUGGAAUGGAAACCCGCAAGGAGCAUAUUCCCUUCUCUGCUUUGUAUUUAUACUUCAUAGAAGGUAAAGGGGUCGUUUGCUUCAAGGAUUUGGUACAUGGAUUUGGUACCAAAAAACCAACUAUCAACGAUUUAGGUACAAUCCGUUGUUUGCUUCAUCCAAUUUUGUUGAAAUAAAUCCGUGGGGCCCACGAAUUUGGGUUUUUUUUCCACAAAUCCCACAUGCUUAUUAGGGAUUUGGCUAGCUGAUGAAAAACCAAGAGCGAAAAUGACACUCAUAUCCCCAUUAUUUUUCAUUAAACCAAAAAUACCCUCUCUAUCCCUUAACCCUAUCUAUCAUUCUAUUCCCCACAGUGUUGUUCUAUUCCCCUCAAACAGAGAAGCUGCGGAAGAAGACUCACCCGCUCGGAAAAGUGCAGAAUCCAGCUCGGCGAACUUCACCCAUUAAUUUCUUGUACUGGUUUUUUUAGCUUUCUGUGAGUCCUGCAUUUUGCAUUGUUCUCAUGUGGCUUCAUUUUUGGAUGGGAAAUGUUUAGUUCUUACAAUGGAUAUUGUGGAAACUACUCUGCUGAUGGAUAUUGGAUUGUCGGCAGGUGUAUGAUCAGUCAAUCUUUGCGGUUUGCCAGCUUGAUUGGCCGAAAUACAGGAUCUUGAUCCAAGUUCUUGACGAUUCGGAUGAUGUGGACAUCCAGUGGUUAAUUAAAGGAGAGGUUGAUAAAUGGAGACAAAAGGGGGUCAACAUUAUCUAUAGGCAUAGGCUUCUUAGAACUGGUUACAAAGCUGGAAACCUCAAUUCAGCAAUGGGCUGUGAAUAUGUCAAGGAUUAUGAGUUCGUUGCAAGGAUGAAAAUUUGCUGACUCGUUUUCGAAAACACAAUGUCUGUCACCAAGUUCAACGUGAUGGUCUCCGGGUUAUUCCAGUUGGGAAGCUCUUAUGAAUGGGUCGUUACGAAAAAGGCUGGCAGGUCAUCAGAAUCAGACCUACUGGCUGCUGCUAAGAGGGAAUCGAAGCCCUCAAUGAUUCAGCCUCAGUUACACAGAGGAGCUUCAGAAAGUGAGAUUGGGCAGUUGAGUUUACUGCAGGAGAAGGCAGAAUCAGUGUCGAAACCGAAGAAGAAGGUGAACAAAAUAUACAGGAAGGAGUUGGCUCUAGCAUUCCUAUUGCUCACAGCUUCAGUCAGGAGCUUGUUGUCUGCUCAAGGAGUCCAUUUCUACUUCCUUCUGUUCCAAGGUGUGACCUUCCUCUUGGUCGGUUUGGACCUCAUUGGAGAGCAAAUGAGCUGAGAGCAGCUUUGGAAGAUGCACGCAUAGCAAUGGCAACCCCUUCCUUUAAUGGGUUAAAAAAGGGCAAUAAGGUAAAUGCAAUUCUUUAUUUCUAAAUCCCAAAUUAUUAAAUCCAUGAUCAAAAUGAAGAAACAAACAAAGGAUUUUUCCAAAUCCAAAAUGCCCCAAAUCCCAAAUAAAACCUUAGGUUUUUAAAUCCCACGUUUAAGUGAAAACCCUCAUUUUACAAUCCUUGAAGCAAACGACCCCAAAGUUACAUAAACAGUAAAAUCGGAAUUGUCUAUUAAACCAAAAUUUCAAAUAAAAAUAAAUACAGGAAAGCCAGGUGUCUUCAUUCUAUUGGUCGUCUUCAUUCCAUCCAACGGUAGGAGAGGAUCACCAUGAUGUCGCUUUGAUCUUCGCCUAAGUCAGAUCGAGGGGAAGGCAGAAACAUUUCGUUUAUACAUGUCGUUUCUCUUCUUCUUUAUUCAUAUCAAUGAACCUACAACUUUCCUUAUGCAAUUCUUCCUCGAGCGAGACCUGCUGAUUCAUUCUUCAUCUUUCUUGAUCGAUACGCCCCCGCAAGCUGGCGAGUAUGCAUUGAAAACUCCCAUCAUGUCAAGUAGAAACCUCUUUCGAACGAGUUACCCCCUUUGUGAAAAUGUUUGCGAUAUGAACAUCACUCCUCACAUGACUUAGCUUAAUCAAUCCAGACUUCAACCUCUCCCUUGUAACGGGAUAAUCGAUCUCAAUGUGCUUGGUCCUUUCAUGGAAAACAAGAUUCUCCUCCAUGUGUAAAGCUGAUCUGUUAUCACAGAAUAAGGGGAUUGGAAGAGGUACCUGAACACCCAUCUCCAACAACAAGUUUCUGGGCCACUGCACUCCACAAACCACCCAUGCUAGGGCCCUAUACUCUGCCUCAGAGGAUGAACGAGACACAAUAGUUUGUUUCUUUGUUUUGCAGGUGAUCAAUGAUGUACCCAGAAAUGUACAAUACCCAGUUAAAGACCUCCUGGAGUCAAGGAAACUUGCCCAAUUUGCAUCACAAAAACCUGACAGCUUGAGGUGAUUUCAGGCCUUGUAAUGGUGAGAUAGUGGAAUCUACCAAUCAAUUUUCUGUAGACAGUAGGGUCUGGCAAAGCCUCCCCUUGAGCUACUGACAGCUUUACAUCACAAUCUACAGGAGAAAGGCAACCUUUGGUUUCAAGGUAUCAUGUGUAAGUUAUAAGUUCCAAACAAUAUUUCUUCCAGCUCAAAGAAAUACCCUUAUGAUCUCUCAGUACCUCCAGGCCUAGGAAGUAAAUCAUUUUUCCAAGAUCAUUGACCUUGAAAUCCUUGCCCAAGAACAACUUCAGUUGCUCAAUAUCUCCGAUAUAGUUGCCUGUAAUUAGUAUGUCAUCAACAUACACCAAAACAACAACUACCCUGCCUUGAAUCCACCUAACAAACAUAAAAUAGUCUGAAGAGGUCUGAGAGUAUCCAUGCUUCAUUAAGGCACUAGUCAGUUUGGAAAACCAUUGCCUGUUGGCUUGUUUAAGCCCAUAUAAAUACUUCUUAAGUCUAUAGACAAGACCCUAAUCUCUAGGAACAUUGGCACCAUGAGGAAUCUCCAGAUAAACUUCGUCCUCUAAAUCUUCAUGGAGAAAUGCAUUGGACACAUCCAUCUGGUGGAAAUACGAAUCCUUAGAAGCAGCCACAACUAACAAAGUCUUAACCAAGUUAAUCUUGGCCACUGGUGAGUAAGUAUCCAGAAAAUCAAUACUAUAAAUUUAA